AUGGCCGCAAGUUUCAAUCAGUACUGCGCUAUGUGCGAGAAGCAAAUCAUGACUCCAAGCAAUUCCAUCCUCUACUGCUCUCAAGCAUGCCGUCGCAAAGACGAUGCAAAGCCCCUCUCUGCGAGCAUCCUCCCGCCAGUGGAUGCCCGUCGCUCGACGCCAGGCUUCCAUGGCCGCUCCCGUUCGAACUCUCCCAAGCCGUCGUUCAAGUCACCCCCGGUGUCCCCAACACCCACGAUUCGGAUACCUCCCGACAACCACACCCACAAGGCGGAUCUAGACCCCACAGAAUGGAAGCCAAAAUUACGUGGCAGCCACGCGCGCGCCUCCGAAGCUUACAGCUACCUGGCCAAAUUCCAUGCUCGCAUGAACCAGGAAAGCGAGUUCGAGCCUACCCGCGUGGAGCGCCCCGGCCACAAAUUCUCGGCCAGCAUGUAUAAUAUCCCAACGCUGACCCCAAGCCUGGACAGUACUGCUACGACUGCGGCUUCUAGCUUCGAUAGCUUCGACUACGACUUCAAUACCCGCCCACUCCAGGCUCGUCAGAACCCAAUGUACGCGCUCAGCACCUGCAUUCGAAGUGAUGACCUAGUCACACCACAUGUGCCGCCCCCGCCCGUUCCUUUGGGUGAGCCUUUGAGCACUAACGAUGCGUUGUGGGAGAAGAAGGUGGUUAUGAAGCGCGUUGGUGCUGAGCAUGAAGGAUUGGGAAAGCUAAUCCAAGGGAAAGCUGUAUGA